AUGCGUAGGCACAACCAUCCUUAUUUGCCUAUUUUCCCUUCAAAAUCGUCUCUCCUGAAUGUAUGUGCCUCUUUUGAGCAGAGCAGUGGAAGUGAUCAACGAGAGGACUCGGAAGCGGCCACAUCAUACAGCGGAGCAUCAACCUCUCGUUUGGUGUCCACUCCUGUUGAGAAUAGUGCGUCCAGCAGCAGUGAAGAAGUCGUAAAAGGAGUUAAGCACGCUUCAUCACAGGAGCAAGUUCAGAGGCAAGCAGAACUUUCGGAAACGACGGUCCAAAGCGUGCUCCAACGAGCUUUCCGCGGCUUGGUCAGACGACAAGAGGUCGGUUCGGUUCAUAGUUGCAAGAGCGAAUUGAUUAGAAGAAAUGUCCAGACAAUACCACCUGCCUCAGUGUCCCAAACUCCUAAGAGCGAACCAAUGGUUUAUGUGGAAAAGGACGGUUUUCUCUCUGGAUUGACUGUUGCGGAAGCUGUGUUUGCAUUCAACUUCGCUGAUGAGGAGCUUCUCUUACAUGGAUAUCGUUGGAUGAGUUUACCCGUGCACGUCGUUUUUCUCGUCUGCUUCACCAUUGGUUGUGUGGCGGCAACAGAUCGGACAGCCUUUUACGGUUGGAGCGUGACAGGCAUCAAGAAGACAUUAUCUCAUGACGGAGUCAUCGGCAUAAUACUUUGGUCGAUCGGUUUAAUUGCAAGUGCUGCGUGCAUUCGUUUUGACGAAUCUAUAGCUCCAGCGGUGAAGGACGCUAACCUCACACCGGAUCUGCUACUUCACUGGCGCAUCUGCAGCGCCGUCCGAGCGGUUUGCGCUAGCGCAGCAUGGUUGCUGCUAGCUUUGCGCCCAAAUUGCGAUGUGCUUGGAGAAACGAUUAAAAAUGAAGGUUCAGAUCAAAAUGAUGCGCUGGCUCGAGCUCUUUUCGCCGUUUUCUCUCAGGUCGUCCUUCUCGCUAACAGCUCUCAGCGAAAUGGUCCAACGCAACAACGAUCUUCUGGAGGAAAUACCAGAAGAUUUCAGAAGCGAACUUGCGAAAAUGCUCGACGUUCAGCAGUAAAUGAUCAGAAAGAAGCUCCUUUUGAAACGUCAUAA